AUGGACUUCCUCGUCGAGCCAUCGCCGGAGUUCCAAGCCCGCGCCGCUCGAAACCGUCUUCAAUCUCCAUCGUCCCUUGUUCCUCCAUGCCCCGCCAAGCGCGCGCCAAGCCGUCGCCGCGUCGAGCUCCACCGCCCAUGUCCGGCGUCCCGCUGCCCACCAGACCUCCCUGGCUGUCUUCCUCCACUGCAUCCUGUCGCUCCUCGAACGCAUCAAGUCCCCCUGCAUCAAGCGUCGCCCUCGCCAAGAUGCAUCGAGCACACUCACGUGCGUGGGGUCAAGGGCGUUGACCGCGCCCCUGCCUGGCCAGAUCGCCAGCGCCUCCACGCUCGAUCCCCUGCUCGACCGCUCGCAUGGUUGGGCUCCAACCUCAGCCCAGGUUCCCUUCUCCCCCCUCAGCUCAGCAGCCUGAGCUCCGGCGAGGUUGAUCUGGACGGCUUGGCAGCGUCACCGGUGACUCGAAGGAGACCAUAUGCAAGGCACCUCCUCUUCGGCUGUGAGAGUGUCCAGGGGUCGUGGGUGCGGCUAAUGCCUAUAUCUGUGGCCGCACUUGACACUGCCCUCUCUUUAAGGGCACAUAUCAUUUUUUGUAACUCUGCUAUAUUUUCCCAAGUCUUUAUUAUCUUGCCUAGACUUGUACUAAUAUGUAUUGUUUGAUGCUAAUUACCCAAGUUAGUGCAUGAUGUUAGGGAUAACCUGAGAACACUUGCCUAAGUUUAUAAGAUAUGACAUGUGACAGUCCAAGCCUGCUGCUCUUUCAAUGCUUUUG